AUGGAGCUUCCAUGGGGAGUGCUGCUGCUACUGGUCCUCUCCGUCUCCUCCUCGGCUGCAGCCACGCUCGCCGUCAGUGCUCCGCCCCCAGUGCCUGCUCCUCGUCAUGCUCAAGACGCUGAAGGCCUGCUCAUCAAUGGCAACUUCGAGACGGCGCCGCGGAAGCUGAACAAGACCCUCAUCGUGGGCCGCCACUCGCUGCCGGGGUGGACGGUGCAGGGUCACGUGGAGUACGUCUCGGGCGGGCCGCAGCCAGGGGGCAUGUUCUUCGCGGUGCCGCACGGCGUGCACGCGCUCCGCCUCGGCAGCCGCGCGUCGGCGUCGCAGAACGUGACGGUGCGGCCGGGCGCGCUGUACGCGCUGACGUUCGCGGCGACGCGGACGUGCGCGCAGGACGAGUCCGUGCGCGUGGCCGUGUCGCCGUCGCUCUCGGCGCCCGCCGACGUCGCAGUGCGCACGCUCUACAGCGGCGCGUCCGCCGACACCUGGGCCUGGGGGUUCCGCGCCUCCUCCCCUGUCGCGCAGGUCACGUUCGCCAACCCCGGCGUGCAGGAGGACGCCGCGUGCGGCCCGCUGCUGGACGCCGUCACCAUCAAGGAGCUGCCGGCGCCGUACCCGACCAAAGACAACCUGAUCAAGAACGACGGGUUCGAGAUCGGUCCCCAGGUGCUGAAGAACUCGACGGUGGGCGUGCUGCUUCCCCCGAAGCAGAAGGACGCGACGUCGCCGCUGCCCGGGUGGAUCAUCGAGUCGCUCAAGGCGGUGCGGUUCAUCGACGCGGCCCACUUCUCGGUCCCGGCGGGGCAAUACGCGGUGGAGCUGGUGGCCGGGCGGGAGAGCGCCAUCGCGCAGGUGAUCCGCACCGUGCCGAACCGCGCCUACAACCUGUCGUUCGCCGUGGGCGACGCCAAGAACGGCUGCCACGGGUCCAUGCUGGUGGAGGCGUUCGCGGGCAACGUGACGCAGAAGGUGCCGUUCGAGUCCGCCGGGAAGGGUGGGUUCAAGGCGGCGGCGUUCAGGUUCGUGGCCGCCGGCGCCCGGACCCGCCUCACCUUCUACAGCUCCUACUACCACACCAAGGUCACCGACGGCGUCUCGCUCUGCGGCCCCGUGCUGGACCAGGUCAAGGUCGUGCCCGUCAAGGCGUAG